UGUAAGAACAAAUAGAACUGGAUCUUCUAUAUCUGCAGAACAUCACCUGUCAUCAAAUACUUCACCCGCACUAAAUGGUACGCAGCUCUCAUUUUAUGACAGAAGUUUCUGACAUGGAUUAUCAGUCCAGCAACAGCCACUUGACAAUUAAUGGAAGACAAAAUAGAGAUCAUAGUAUUGACAUACACGCGGGUAAUGCUUCUUUAGACAGAUCCGUUCAUGAAAAUAUUAAUCAAAGGGAGGAACACUCUCAUCUUCCAUCAUCUGGACCCAUUGAUUCAAACGCCUUAGCCCCAAGUGGGUUGUCAAUUUUAAAACAUUUAACCUCGUUUGAUUCAAGUGAAAUUCAGGAACAGCAACCACCCGUAGUAGAGGCCAAGUCACAACACACAACAACAAAUAGUAAUCAAUUUUGUGUAGGAAAUAACAAAGUGAGUAAAUCUAACAAGUUAUCCCGGGAACAAUUUCAUGUUUUGGAUUUUUCACGGCGGAAACAUCCGAAUCGAAGCAGAUAUCAAAGUACAAUUAACACUUUCGAUGCUUUAGACUGUGAAGCACAACCUUCAAACCAACAAAACAUACCAGCAGAUGAAGUACAGCCAGACGUUGGCAUAAGCCAAGUCGUCAUAAACCAAACUAUGAAUGAACAACGGAACAAUUUCCCAGCAGCAGCUUCUGAACUUCUUGCCAGUGGAUACAAUAGACAUCAGAUCGAUAGAGCUUUAGAGAGGUUUUAUCAGAAUAGAGGCAAGUUUUAAAAAUUAAUAAUAUGCAGCGUAACGAAAUAAUUCUUUAUAAAGACAUUUUUCAGUUGUUUUAAAAAUUUGUGAUAAUAUUCACGACCUACAGAUAUAA